CACAUCACAGCCUGCACUCAACUGUAAUACACAAGACAUUUAAUAAUGAAUCCAGCUGGUAGUGUGCAAACAGUCCUUGGAGCAACGAAUCUGUCCCUACUAUCCAGGACAUUAACUCACGAGCAUCUGGCGCUGGAUUUUGAUAAAUUUUACGUACCUCCGCCUGACAAACUCAAGAAUCAUUUUGCCAGUGGGAUUGAUAUCAGAAAUGUCGGGCUUGUAAGACAGUAUCCGUACAGUAGUCGAUACAAUGUUACAUUUAAUGAUGCUGAUACUCACGCGGCUAUUUUAGAAGAAGUUGAAUUAUUUAAAUUACAUGGCGGUGGUACGAUUGUAGAGAACACGAGUCAUGGAAUUAAACGGGACAUUCCUUUGAUGAUUAAAGUUAGCCAGCAAACUGGUGUUAAUAUUAUUGCUGGGACCGGUCACUAUGUUGAAGCCUGUCAAAAUAAUUUAAAAAAUGAAGAACAAAUGUACGAUUUAAUUUUAAAAGAAUUAACUGAAGGUUGUGAAGAAUAUCCGGGUGUUAAAGCUGGAUUUGUUGGUGAAGUUGGUAGUUCUUGGCCAAUAACUGAAUUUGAAAAAAAAGCAAUUCGCGCCACAGCCAAAGUCCAAAGACAGCUAAACUGCCCGGUGUCAUUUCAUCCCGGAAGAAAUUCCCAAGCGCCUUUUGAAAUAAUGAGAAUAUUUUCCGAAGCUGGUGGCGAUGCCAAGAAGGCUGUCAUGUCUCAUUUAGACAGAACGCUGGUGAAAAAAGACGAGCUCCUGGAAUUUGCAAAGCUGGGCUGCUAUACUCAAUUCGAUUUAUUUGGAACAGAAUGUUCUUACUAUCAACUUGAUGAGACCACGGACAUGCCCUCGGAUGCCCAGAGACUCGACCGGAUAAAUUGGAUAAAGCGAGACCGGGGCGUAGAUCAGAUUCUCAUGAGUCACGAUAUCCAUACCAAGCACCGGCUGGUUAAAUUCGGCGGACAUGGAUACUCUCACAUUCUUACAAAUGUCUUGCCACGUAUGCCAGCCAAAGGAUUUACUGCUCAAGAAAUAGAUGCCAUUACUAUUGAAAAUCCCAGGAGAUGGUUGUCUUAUUAAAUUCAAAUACAUUUACUCAGUCAUAAAUAAACUCAAUUGAUUGAUCUA